AUGGCCAAGUUCUCCGCCGACACGGCGUUUGCACGGGUGUUCUCGUCCGAGGCGCAGGUGGCGCCGUCGCUGGCUCUGCGGACGACCCAUGUCCACGCCCGGGUCCUUGCCGUCUCUCAGCCGCUGCACCUCGCAGUGGUGGGCAACGGCAUGCUGCUUGAUCUGUACAAUCUCAAUCCGCCCAAGGUUGCCGGCGAUGCCCCGGUCCUCACCUACGAGGACCGCAUCUCGCUCCUCGACUGUGGGCAGAACGACGACUCGUCGCCGCCGCUCGGCCCUGUUGUCUCGCUAGCCUUCUCGCCGCGCGACGUGCUGUACAUCGGGACGGCGUCUGGCCACGUAAUCUCGUUCCGCAUCCGGAAGCGCGUGCUCGCUCCGGGUGCCGAUGUCAAUCCGCUCUUUGCCCAGUGCCUCAUGCAGGCCCACAUUGCGCCCAACGCAGACGUCACUGCCGUCCUGCCGUCGCCGGUCUCCAAGGACAUUGUGCUCAUCUCUCUCGUGCCGCGGAGCGCCGGCUCGGUUGCCUCGCUCCACACCAUCUACCUCGACACGGGUACUGUAUCGAUUGCUCCUGUCUCGCUGCAGCUCGCCCUCACCACCGCCAUCGCCUUCUCGCCCUGCGGCCAGUUUGUGGCGACGUGCGACGUCGACGCCGUCUUCCGCGUCUGGUCCGUCGCCCUCUCUGCCGACGAGCCCAACCCACGAUCGCUUGUUCUCCUCCCAGUCUACGAGUGGGGCGAUGCUGCCGCUUCCGCCGCCACCUCGCUUACCUGGUCCGUCGACGGCUCGCUCAUGGCGCAGUACCCGCAGCUCCAUGUCCGUGGGCAUCAGCUUGUUGAGCUAUCGGUGCCAAUCCCGCUGGCGCCGGGCAUGUGGUUCGAGGCUGGUUCGAUGCCGGACCGCGACCUCGACCCGGUCUCGCGCAUUCUCGCUGCCCGCGGCGUGGACCCCAUCGUCUGGCGGUCGGCCCGUCUGCCGUUCGAGCCAUCGCAUCUUGUGCUCUCGCUCGCCCUGGGCUCGGCUGCCCUUCGGUUCUGGCCUGUCGCUCCCAAUGGCGACCUCGCUUCACUCGAGCACGUUCUCCAGCUCGAGCCCAUCAAGCUCAACGGAACCGACCCGCGCGGCAUGGCCGUUCUCCCGCGCUCGUCUGCCGACGAGCCUAUUAUCCUACUCAUCCUCACCGACGCUGGCUUUAACUCGAUCGUCCUCAGCCCUGCACCGCCUCCCGCGCUGGCCGACGACUCGCCACCGGUCGACUCUCACGACGCUACGGCCCAGACCGGCGACGCCCUGCACAACGCCGUCGUCGCUGCCCUAGCAGCGGACGAUGCAGCAGAGGCCGCUGCGGCCGCAGACACUGCAGCAGCAGACACUGCAGCCGCAGACGCUGCGGCCGCAAAUGCCGCACCCCCGCACCAUACCCGCGCACGCCAUGACGCUGCGUCGUUGUACGCACUCCCGCCGCCGCCGAUCCGCCGCGCUUACCCGCCGCGGCGUGAGUCGGACAAGGUGGGCCGGCUGAGCGACCUUGCCGAGCGCGUCGCCAACCUCGAGGCCGAGCUCGUCAUGGUCCGCAACUCGUUUGUCGUCUUCUCCGACGCCAUGACCAAGGACAUGGCCAGGGUUCUCUCGACGCUCAACCGCCUUACCUCGUGAGCGACGCGGUCUGCUCACCGCUUGCGCUCCUUCUCCCAACGGAACACCGGGGCCUUGCCGUUCUUGGCCUUGCGGACCUUGCGCCGCUUGCCCUUGCCCUGCAGCUGCUUGUGGAGCUGCAGCGUGUUGUACACGGUCUCGAGCUCUUCGAGGCGCUGCAUCCGCGCCGCGAGCUUGCGGUACGCCAAGUUCUUUUUCUGCAGCACCCGCGGCCGCUCGGCAGCCGCAAUGACCCGGCCCAGGUUGACAUCCUCCGUGAGGUCACUCAGCCGCGGCCGGUUGAACUUGCGGCCGACCAGUUCGGGCGCGGUAUCGUAGUACUUGGCCGGAUCAAAGGUAGCCACCUCGUCCUCGGUAUCCACAAAGAUGAUGUGCUUCUUGCGCUUAACACGCUGCCGCCG